ACCACAGUGGAAAUUGAAGUGGUGCGGGGCAGUCGCUAGACAUCCUCGGUCGCCGACGCAUUAACGCCAACUGGGUAGUUGCCUCUUCAGGAUCGGGUUACAUCCGCCGGGGGUUGCGGAAGUCGUCGCGUUUACGGAUGCAUUUAAUCCGGCAUAAAGAAUUGCAAACGAAGAAAAUUACAAUCUAUGCCAGCGAUUGCUGAAAGUUGAUUAGGACUGCAAUAGUGACACGAGAGUUGAAAAAAUUACGCGAUUAUGGAGAAUUCAAAGGAAGAAUCGAUAAGUUUGCAGCACCUGGAUUCCCAAAAUACUGAUAAGAAGAACAAUGAAAUCACUACAAACGCGCCAGACGAUGUAAAUGAUAGUGUAAAUGUAACCGAAACUGUUACAGACGCGGAGGAUUACGAUCCUCAUAAGCACCGAAACGUACCAAAUCCAACUUCAAAUUUUGCAACCUUGGUUCAUUUACUGAAAGGAAGUUUGGGCACGGGGAUUUUAGCGAUGCCAAAUGCAUUUUGCAAUAGCGGGCUCGUUAUCGGCGUCAUAGCUACGAUUAUAAUAGGAGCAUUGUGCACUUACUGCUUGCACGUACUCGUAAGGGCGCAGUACAAAUUGUGUAAACGGUUAAAAGUUCCUAUAUUGAGCUAUCCACACAGUAUGAAAUAUGCUCUUGAACAAGGUCCUCGAUGUGUGAGCUGGUUUUCACCAUACGCAUCCUUACUCAUAGACGGAUUUAUGAUAGUAUAUCAAAUGGGAAUUUGCUGUGUUUAUAUUAUGUUUGUAGCAUCAAAUAUAAAGCAGGUGGCAGACCAGUACUGGAUCCCAUUGGAUGUUUCGACUCAUAUGCUCAUUUUAUUACUUCCGUUAAUUUUGAUAAACUACAUAAGAAAUCUGAAGUUACUAACGCCGUUUUCCACGUUAGCAAAUCUUAUUACAUUUGUCGGGCUCGCCAUGACUCUGAAGUACAUGUUUGACGAUGUACCGUCGAUCAGCGAAAGAGAGAUGUUCGGCACAUUCAGAAAUUUUGCUCUCUAUUUUGGAACGACGUUAUUCGCAUUAGAAGCCGUCGGUGUGAUCAUAGCUCUGGAGAACAAUAUGCAGACGCCUCAAUAUUUCGGAGGCUAUUACGGUGUACUGAACAUAGGAAUGACUGUGAUCGUUAUUUUAUACAUAGCCAUGGGAUUUUUUGGCUACUUAAAAUACGGAUCCGAAGCUGAAGGAAGUGUCACUUUCAAUCUGCCUCAGGACGAGCCUAUGGCUCAAAGUAUUAAGAUAAUGUUCGCCGUUGCAAUAUUCAUAACGUAUGCCCUGCAAGCCUACGUGCCCGUCGAAAUCAUAUGGAACACUUACCUCAACAAGCGAGUGAAAAAUCGCAAAAUUUUGUGGGAAUACGUUUGUCGGACCUGCGUUACCCUAAUCACCUUUGUUUUGGCGAUAUCUGUACCGAGGCUUGGCUUAUUUAUCUCCCUUUUCGGAGCGCUCUGCCUGUCCGUCCUCGGCAUCGCCUUCCCAGCGAUUAUUGAGAUAUGCGCGCUGUGGCCGGAGAACGAUUUCGGUCCCUACAAAUACAUGCUAAUCAAGAACAUCCUCCUCAUCGUGUUCGGACUGUUGGGUCUGGUGGUGGGGACCUACGUUAGUAUCGUGGACAUAGUGAAAUCCUUCCAGUGAAUCAGAUGAACACGCGGAUUUUUCGUAACGGAGAGAGACAUAAAUGUGAAGCGCAGCUUGCAACUUAGACGAUGGAUGACCGUAGUUGUCAAGCGUACGGAAAGUAAUCUCCGUGCUUUCCAACUCGUCACCGCCAUGAGUUUACUUAGAUUUUAUGUAGAUAAUUUUUGAAGAAUAGACGCGUUAGUUAGUCGAAGAGCACUGGAAAUCUCGCGACAACAGCUUCCGAUCGCGUAAUUAGGAGGCACGAUCUGUGAUGAAAUCUUUUCUAAGCAUCGAUGACGUACCGGAGAACGCCGGAGAAUCGAGUCGUUGAUUUUUAACAACCGCUUUUGAGAGGUGCAUAUUUGUAUAUAUUUAAGUGGGCCAUCAAUAUAUAUAAGUAGAGAUGUGUACAUACAUCGCUCUUUUAUGUAUGUUAGAGCAAUGUAUGCAUACAUCUCUCUAUACAUAUAUGUAAAAGAACUGUUCACUAUAAAUGCGAACGGUCCCUUUUUUAAUAUACAUAAAUAUCACGCUUACAGCGGGCUUUACAUGCGUUAGUAUACGGAUGUUGAAUAGACAUUCGCGAGAAAUUUCUGUAGACAAUUAUUCAAGCCACGGUCGCUUGAGCUUAUCUCGAUUGUACGAGUACUUAGGAACAACACGGUCGACAUUCAUUUUUUUUUGUAAAAAGGAUGUCGCAAUAAUUAAUAUUCUGGCUGUAUCGAUUCUACAUGCAUUGGAAAUAUUUAAACUGAAGUAUUUUAUUAUAUAUUAUUAUAUAUUAUAUAUUCGCAUUUUAUAAGUCAGUGAGAUUAUUUUAUUGUUACAAAAAAGAAACGUCAAUAAUUUACAACAAGAGCGACUUGUUGUUGAAAGAAACAGACACCGUUUUAACAAAAUAUGACUCAAACAAUGUUUCAAAUUGAAACAUUAAAACAUUUAAAGUGAAAGUAUACGCGUAAAAAGUAAGUUAAUAUUAUAUAUUCAUACGUUCCAUUUUCUACGUCGAGACUGUAAUAAUAGCUGUUUACAGAUGCACGCUGCAGGAUAAAUAUACCUUUAAGAAAUAAGCGUAAAAGUACAUGUAAAAGCGGAUCUAUAUACAUCACAUUGAUUCGAUCGAAAUUGAUUUUUAUAUGUAUUAUAAAUUUUUCAAAUUUGUACCUAUAUUUACGAAUUUUUUAAGACGACAUAAUCAAGAAAUUAAAAUAAUUGAAAGUCGUACUUAUAAUAUAAAAUCACAAAUGCUUUGUUAAAACGUUAUUAGGAUCCGCUAAUCUCUUUUGUUAUGUUUCACUUUCAUUAUUCUAUUCCGCAAAUAAUUUUGUAUUAUUUUACACGGGAUCAAAUACUUUGUUCGCAAAUAUUUGUAUAGAUAUUUGCAAUUUAUUCCUGUUUGACAUAAUAUUCAUGUAAUAAAUAUUCUUCUGAUCUGUUUGUAUAAUUUUAUUUUUGUUAUUUUUUUUGCUCGCAUGUAAAAACGCAAAUUUUUCGAUACAAUACAAAAUAUUUUAAUGUCAAUCAACAUAAUCUUACAAUUAAAGAAAAAAUUAUCACUAUAUUGUAAACACACAAGUGUUAAGCAUUUUUUAAACCAAGAAAGUAAUAUCGCAACUUGAAAGUAUACUCCAAAAAAUCACAAGGCAUCAUUGUUGACUAUUAAAAAUGACUUCUAUCUAAUAAUAUAUUGCAUUGUUGACAAUGAAUAAUUAUUUCUAUCUAAGCAAAUUUUAAAGUAGUUUUAAGCCAGAGAAAUAUAUAAAAUCUUGUUAGAAACGUUUAACAAAUACUAUAUUGAUAUUUUUAUCGGAAAUAUGUUAGACGAAAUGAGAAUGGUUGAUUGUUGACUCUUGUGCACCGCCGCGAACAAUGCAUUAUUGUAGACAGACCUAUUGCCUCGCUCCGAUACUAGUUAUCUCGCAAUCAGAAUGAAAUCACAAUGCAAAAUAGAAUGAAUGAAAAAUAUUGCGAACGCCUAUAUUCAUUAUAGAAGCAAAACGAGUAGAUGCAAAGAUAACUAUUGUGCUAAUAGUUGCGAUGCAAAUUGUAGAUUAGUGACGAUCUCACAGAAAAAGAACAAAUGUAACGUACAUCAAACAUUUAAAUAUAUCAUUUUAUACACGAAAA